UACUGUGGCUGACGGUGUACGCCCAACCCUGAGGGUAAUCUGAACAAGGUCCUCUGGAUAGCUUACUUAUUGCACUUAUACUUACCAGCCCCUCAGAUGAUCGCUACAUUUCUUUUUUGGGGGGGUGAAAAAUACUGCCUCUAGUUCACGACUGAAUGAAUGCAAUGAAUGUGAGGGUUCAGCUGUCCAAAAGAGGGGACCUCAUGUGGAGUGAGCAGGAAAAACAAAUUUCCCGGGAACCUUAAUGAGGAGAUUUAAGAGGAUUCGCCAACUUCAAGCUACAUUUGCUUGCACCUGAGCAACAAACAGCGAAAACUUUUAUCAUUAACAAGCUGUCCAAACAAUACUCUGCAUAGUAAGCGCACCCAGCUGCUUCCCACAUUGUCUGUGCACGUCAGGUAAGACAAAUGGGUCUCAUCCAGAACCAGAACUCAAACCAGAACUUCUCUGGACCCGAUGCAUCCCACUGGGAGUCAACACCACGAGACUCAUCAGACUAUACGAACACCAUCAUCGUGCUGGGCGUGCUGACCUUUGUCCUACAGCUGUGUUUAGCUCUCUUUGUCAUGCUGAGAUGUAAGAAUUUGGACACCAAGGCCAGAGGGGCUGUCAAACACCUACCGACUUUGCAGAAAGUCCAGACAGGUCCUCCAUCCGGCCAACAAGAUAUUUUUAAAAAGACUCAUUUUCUUCAGCUGUAUUAUGAGGAUAACGAUACUGAUUCAUCAAGUGCAACAGGGGUAGAAUGCUGUGGAACUGCAACUACAAACUGUCUUUUCGGACCUUCCAUACCAUGGGACCUUGUUCAGCACUGAAAAGCUGCUGAACCCAUUAGCUUUUGUACACUUAUUACUAUACAUAUAAUUGUUGUUCAGUAAAUUAACAAUCACAAUACAUCGUCACAAUCAAACAAUCAAAUGAGAUACAAUAAAAGAGCUGCAUCUAAUUUCUUGACUACUGUUACAAUGGUAGUAGAGACGGGACUUGUGUGACUCUGAGCUGCUAUACAAGGUAUAGGCUGCAGAGGGCAGUAACGUUUACGAGCUGGGUUUGGAGACAGCCUAGCAGUGAGUAAGACGAAGUGAUUACGGAAGUGUUAACAGUGUUUACAUUAGGUAUAUUUAUGGUAAAUAUGGUACAGUUCUGGUUUGUGGAUGCUAAUAAAAGACUGACUUGUUCACAAUUACGUUUGGAUCACAUCAGCAGAAGCAUUGUGUGUGUGCAUUUCCUUUAGGGCAAUUUAAAUGUAAGACUUCCCAGCAGAUGGCAGUAAUGCUAACAAUUAGCAUCUUGAGCCGGGUCAAUCUCCACAGCGAAGAAGAAACUGCAAACAAAUCGCACUCAACCCUUCGAUUGUUUUCAAUGCACAGCUGCUUGUUUAGAUGCUGUUGCGUUGGUUUUGGGUAUACAUAAUCGGAACUUGAGCUUUUUUAUCCGGUACUUUAGGCCAGGCGUUGUGUCGAGCGAAUCGUUUGUAAUGACACAGCGUUCGCGCGGAUAGCUAACAGGCUAACUGCAACUUGAUCGAAGAUGGACCCGUGUCUCUUUGACACACUUUCCAAAGCUAACCCAUUACCUCUGGCCUCCCUCCGCCUGUUGGUCCCCCCUUUGCAGCUCCUGUCAGCCUCCAUGUUUCAGAUGCUAAAGAAACAAGACGUCCUGAGCUACUGGGAAGUGGCGGAAUUUGUUUCUUUGGUGAUGGACAUGGUCCCAGACCUGCUGAUGUAUAAGCACAGGAUGCAACUCAACCUGGGUUUAAGAGCCAGGUAUAUACUUCAAUUAUGCAAAAGUGACCAAACCUUGCAACCUGACUUCAUUUUGUCUCUCCUGGACACAAUCAAACUACAACACCACUCUGUGGUCGAUGUGAAUGCGUUACAAGAAGAGGAAACCAUGAUUCACUUUCAGGAGUUAAUUCAGGUUCUCCUCAAGGAUCCUGAAAAGAGAGAGCACUUCUUCUCGGAGGUCUUCCCAGCUCAGUAUGGAACAGAGUAUGACAAGGAUUUGCAGACACUGUUUUGGGAGUUCCUCUGUCGGCUAAAUCAGUUGUUGACAGUUCCAGACCUCAAACAGACUAUUUGCUGGCUCGGACCAUCAGUAUUGGGUGACUGUGUGCAGUCACUUUCCGAAGCCAAUGACUUGAAGGUUUUGCUCCGGCAUCAUAAACACCUUCGACAUCUAGAGCAGCAUGUUCCACCCACAAGCAUGGGGGACAAUAUCCUCUCCUCGCUGUCUGCAUUUCCUGCCUGCAGAAUAGCAAAACCCGAGGACCAGUCUUAUCAAUUGGGCUUCAGUGGUGACACUCACAUACCGGUGCCACUCGUGGAUGAGAUCACAAUUGAAGUCAUUGCAGAGGUUGAGGCAGAAGAGCAUGGUGUACUGAUGGGUGAAAAUGGCUUUGAAGAACCCAUAAGUGGCAUCGUGGCUGAAGAUGCUCUCGUGGUCCAGACAGAGGACGUACUCACAGGCCGGGAUGAAAGUGAAGAAGAGAAGGGAACUAAGGAAAAUUCACCAAGUGAUCCAGCAAAGCUAAUCCAUGCAGAAGUUCAACCACAGAGCCCUUCGGGGCCUCAUGACUGCCCAGACUGUGAGAAGAAAUUUAAGUUUGCCUCCUCGCUAACAGCCCACAGGGUCAUCCACACCGGUGAGCGCCCCCACCGGUGCUACGAUUGCGGCCGCUGCUUCUCUUUUAGGCAGUCCCUUGACCGCCACAGAAACACACACAAAAGCGGACGCAGGUACGACUGCAUUAUCUGCAGAGAGACAUUUCUGUCCUUAUCAGCCCGCACGGAGCACAAGCAAACACACAUGAUGGAUGGCAUGUACGCGUGCAAAGAGUGUGACAGGAAAUUCAUCUGGGAGCUGGCGCUUGCGAGGCACCUGAAAACUCACACCGAGGAUGUCAACGCCAACUCCCCCCCAGAGUGCUGUGAAGUGGGGCAAGAGAUCAGUGGUGGUGAGGCAGACACAUUACCCGAAGACAUUGGCGAUGCAGGAAACAAUGCCAAUGCCAAAGUCGUUUCCCUCGUCAAAAUACGCACGAGUGGGCGCAAACGCCGGCCCACCAUGAAGGUCCAAGUCAUCAACUUGCAGAAACACAUGAGCAGCAAGAGGAAGCAAGACGUUACCAGGGAGAAUCCUCCAGCCUUGAAGCUUUUACCCUUCAACUGCAGUUCAGAGCACUCGUACGGGACAGCAUCAGUCUCAUCUAAGGAUGCGGAAGAAAGUUUUGAGGCAGAUGGAACUUCAGCCACUUUCUCCUGUCCCAAAUGCUCAUUCCACCAUUCAGAAGAAGAGCAGCUACAACACCACAUGGAGAGUGUCCACUUUGUUGACGAAGAGGGACGUUUCAACUGCCAAGACUGUUCCAAGAGCUUCAUGUUCCUGUCCUUGUUAAAAGCCCACCAGCGCAUCCACACAGGUGAACAGCCCUUUGUCUGUCCUCAGUGCGGGCGACGUUUCUCCUUCAAGCAGUCCCUGGAGAGACACAAGCAGACUCACAAGCCCGGGCGCAAGUAUGAGUGUCUGAUCUGUGGGGAGUUCUUCAAAUCCCUCCUAGCGCAAAGGUCACACAUGAGCGUCCACAUGGACAAUGGCGAGUUUGUGUGCUCGGAGUGUGGCCGCAAGUUCGCCUGGAAGUCUGCGCUUGUGAGGCACCUGAAGACACACGGUGAGGGGGACAACGAGAAAGACGAGCAUUCGCAUAAGUGCACUCACUGUGAGCUGAGCUUCAGCUGCGCCAGCUACCUCAACAAACACCUUCAGACUCACCAAAAGGAGCGCGCCCACUCCUGCAACUGCGGAAAGAGCUUCGCCUACCGGGCUGCACUCACGGCACACCAGCGUAUCCAUCAAAAAGACAGGCCUCACGUUUGCACACAGUGUGGCAAGGGCUUCCUCUACAAGGGUGGUCUGCUGAACCACAUGAAGAUCCACUCUGAGGAGAUGCCCUUCAUGUGCUCUUACUGUGGAAAGUGUUUCAAGAGGGAGCGCAACAUGAAGAAGCACGAGCGCUGCCACACUCGAGAGAAUGUUUUCAGCUGCUCCCAAUGUGACAAGAGCUUUGUCUACAAGGCAACUCUGACCAGACACGAGCUGACGCACUCAGGCGAGAGGCCGUACCUUUGCUCCGACUGCGGAAAGGGCUUCUUUUCCCACGCCGAGUUGCUCAAGCACGAGCGCUUCCACACGGGCCACAAGCCCUUCCAGUGCCCGCACUGCGAGAAGAGGUUCACACAGUCCUGCUACCUGACCAUUCACCUCCGCUACCACACGGGCGCCAGACCUUACUCCUGCAUCGAGUGCGACAAGAGCUUCCUCAGUGCCAAUCGUCUGAAGAGGCACAAGCAAACACACACAGGAGAAAAACCUUACGCGUGUGUGGAGUGUGGCAAAGGCUUCAGGCAGUCCUAUCACCUCAAAAUGCAUCAACGGACACAUAUUAAGAUAACAUAAACAUUUGUGUCCGCUGUAACUGAAUGCAGCUCCAAGUUGGUCGAAAUUCAUAUCAGUUUGGCUUGUGAUCUCAUUGGUGGUGAUUAAACUUCAAGAACUGAUGGAGUGGAGUUGGCUUCCUGAAGAUACAGCCAUUAUUUGGCAGUCGUCUUAAUAUCAUAAGGGAGUGAGGAAUA